CUAGGAGGUGUCCUAAGGAGGCUGACAGGAGGAGUCUUAAAGGUCUCUCUUUUCAGCCACUGGCAGUGAUCUGACUCUGGGCUGAAGGGGUUUGGAAAAACAAAAAACACCAGAAAGAUCUUUUAGCUUUCUUUCACGCUCACGACCAAGACUCUAACCCUGCUGCUUCUCCUGCUGCUGUCACAGCCUGAAAAGAACCUGGGAACAUCACACUGGGUGGGGAGGGAUUUUUGCUUUUCUUCUAGAGAGGCGGAGGGGGAGCGCAAAAAUUUAAGGACAGAAACAUCUCUCUGGAGGCUGUGAAGAGGAGGUCUUCAGGAACAAGAAGGGACGGACUUUUCAUUCUUCUAUCACCCAAAGGAAAUCUUAAAUUGCUCUGCCAAGUGUAUGGGACUUAACUUCUUGAACUGCGCUGUACUGUUUAAGGUAAAUUAUGACCACUUUACUCUUAGUGUUGUUCAGUUUUCGAGUCAUCACUGCAGCCAUCUCUGUGGAAGUUUCAGACCAUGGCAACUCACUGAGUGUGAGCAUCCCAGAGCCUUCUCCCCUUCGUGUCCUCCUUGGGAACUCUCUCACCAUCCCUUGCUAUUUCAUUGACCCUGUGCACCCUGUGACGACGGCCCCUUCCACACCCCCACUCUCCCCCCGGAUCAAAUGGAGCCGCCUCUCGGAGGAGAAGGAAGUGGUCCUUUUGGUAGCCACGGAGGGGCGUGUGCGGGUCAACAGUAACUACCAGGACAAGAUCUCAUUGCCCAAUUACCCUGCCAUCCCCAGUGACGCUACGCUGGAGAUCAACAACCUUCGCUCCAAUGACUCGGGCGUCUACCGCUGCGAGGUGAUGCAUGGCAUCGAGGACAGCCAGGCUACCCUGGAGGUCCUUGUGAAAGGCAUCGUGUUCCAUUACAGAGCCAUCUCUACCCGCUACACCCUGGAUUUUGAGAAGGCACAGCAGGCUUGCCUACAGAAUAGUGCCGUCAUUGCCACCCCUGAGCAGCUGCAGGCUGCCUAUGACGAUGGCUACCACCAGUGUGAUGCUGGCUGGCUGGCUGAUCAAACUGUCAGAUACCCUAUCCACAGCCCCCGUGAAGGCUGCUAUGGAGACAAGGAUGAAUUCCCUGGAGUAAGGACUUAUGGCAUCCGAGAUACCAAUGAGACCUAUGAUGUGUACUGCUUUUACUGCUUUGCAGAGGAGAUGGAAGGGGAAGUCUUUUAUUCUACAUCCCCGGAGAAAUUCACCUUCCAAGAGGCAGCAAAUGAGUGUCGGCGCCUGGGAGCCCGGCUGGCAACCACUGGGCAGCUGUACCUGGCCUGGCAAAGUGGAAUGGACGUGUGCAGUGCUGGCUGGCUGGCCGACCGCAGUGUCCGAUACCCCAUCUCGAAGGCACGUCCUAAUUGCGGGGGCAACCUCCUAGGGGUAAGGACUGUGUACCUGCACGCCAAUCAGACAGGCUAUCCGGACCCCUUAUCCCGCUACGAUGCCAUCUGCUACACAGGGGAGGACUUUGUUGGGAUCAUACCAGAGAGUUUUACUGACGAGCUGAGCAGUGAGGGGGAGAUCACUAUUCAGACAGUCACUCAGCCCGAUGUGGAACUGCAGCUGCCUCAAAAUGUCACCAAGCAGGAGUCCCGAGGCAGCAUCAUCACCUCAGAGAGUGUCAUCACUCCUACUGGGCUUGAGCCUGAGGAAGCCUUCACUUGGACACUGGGUGGCACAGGCUACCCAGAGUUGGAAAAUGAGACCGAGGAGGCCACCAGACCAUGGGGCUUCCUUCCAGAGGUCACUGCUUCUUCCCGUGAUGCUCUUUUCCCCAGUGAAGUAACAGAGGGGGCUGCUACUGUCACCCCUGAGCUGGAACCUGCCACAGCCUUCACAAGAGAGGACUUGAUUGCACUGGUAACAGCUGUUCCAGAAGUUGCUGCUGUCCCACUCUCACCAACAGGUGUUGUGUUCCACUACCGUCCAGGCUCCACCAGAUAUUCUCUCAGCUUUGAAGAGGCCCAACAGGCCUGUAGGGCCACGGGAGCUGUCAUCGCUACACCAGAACAGCUACAGGCAGCCUAUGAAGCUGGCUAUGAACAAUGCGAUGCUGGCUGGCUGCAGGACCAGACAGUCAGAUACCCCAUUGUGAGUCCCCGGACCCCGUGUGUCGGAGAUAAGGACAGCAGCCCAGGGGUCAGGACCUAUGGCCUACGCCCAGCAUCAGAGACCUAUGAUGUAUACUGCUAUGUAGACUGGCUACUGGGUGAGGUGUUUUUUGCCACUCGACCGGAGCUGUUCACCUUCCAAGAAGCCCAAGAAUACUGCAAAGAACACAAUGCCACCCUGGCUUCUACAGGGCAGCUUUAUGCCGCCUGGCGCCGGGGCCUGGACAAAUGCCAUGCUGGCUGGCUGGCAGACGGCAGCGUCCGCUAUCCUAUCAUCACUCCCCGCUCUGCAUGUGGUGGGGAUAAACCAGGUGUUAGAACUGUCUACCUGUACUCCAACCAGACUGGCUUUCCUCAUCCCCUAUCCCGGCACCAUGCUUUCUGUUUCCAAGCUGGGCCCUCUCUGAAGGAAGGAGAAGGUGGCACACAGGUCUCCAUUAUUGAUGAAGAGCUGAUUCCAACUCAGGUGGCUCCAAAGGAGGGGGAGGUCCUAUCCAGAGGAGAAUUUGAUAUUACUACUGUACCUGAGAAUCAGACAGAGUGGGAAACAGAAUUUUUUCCAACAAAUGCUUCAUUACUCUCAGCAAGUCCUUCAUCUUGGCCUCUCACUAGUGCUGUUCCAGAAGAAAGUACUGGAGAGCCUUCUUUCAGUGGAGUAACUUCAGCCUCUGGUGAAGCAUCUGGUAUUCCAGUUGUGGGACUUCCAGAUGUGAGUGGCAUUGGGGAGCCAUCAGCCUCUGGAGAGCCAUCUGGUGUUCCAGAUGUGAGUGGCACCGGGGAACCAUCAGUCUUUGGAGAGCCAUCUGGCAUUCCAGAUGUGAGUGGCAUUGGGGAACCAUCAGCCUCUGGAGAGCCAUCUGGUGUUCCAGAUGUGAGCGCCAGUGGGGAACCAUCAGCCUCUGGAGAGCCAUCUGGUGUUCCAGAUGUAGGAGUUCCAGAUGUGAGUGGCACGGGGGAACCAUCAGUCUUUGGAGAGCCAUCUGGUGUUCCAGAUGUAGGAGUUCCAGAUGUGAGUGGCACUGGCGAACCAUCCGUGUUUGGAGAGCCAUCUGGUAUUCCAGAUGUGAGCGCCAGUGGGGAACCAUCAGCCUCUGGAGAGCCAUCUGGUGUUCCAGAUGUAGGAGUUCCAGAUGUGAGCAGCACUGGCGAACCAUCAGUGUUUGGAGAGCCAUCUGGUAUUCCAGAUAUGAGCGCCAGCGGGGAACCAUCAGCCUCUGGAGAGCCAUCUGGUGUUCCAGAUGUAGGAGUUCCAGAUGUGAGUGGCACCGGCGAACCAUCAGUGUUUGGAGAGCCAUCUGGUAUUCCAGAUGUGAGUGCCAGCGGGGAACCAUCAGCCUCUGGAGAGCCAUCUGGUGUUCCAGAUGUAGGAGUUCCAGAUGUGAGUGGCACUGGUGAACCAUCAGUGUUUGGAGAGCCAUCUGGUGUUCCAGAUGUGAGAGGCACUGAGGAACCAUCAGCAUCUGGAGAGCCAUCUGGUGUUCCAGAUGCAGGAGUUCCAGAUGUGAGUGGCACCGCCGAACCAUCAGUGUUUGGAGAGCCAUCUGGUAUUCCAGAUGUGAGUGCCAGUGGGGAACCAUCAGCUUCUGGAGAGCCAUCUGGUGUUCCAGAUGUGAGAGGCACUGAGGAACCAUCAGCCUCUGGAGAGCCAUCUGGUGUUCCAGAUGUAGGAGUUCCAGAUGUGAGUGGCACUGGCGAGCCAUCUGGUGUUCCAGCUGUUGGCACUCUGGAUGUGAGUGGCAGUGGGGAACCAUCGGCUUCUGGAGAACCAGUCACUGUUACAGGUGUUGGAAUUCCAGAUGUGAGUGGAAGUGGGGAGCUGUCAGCCUCUGGGGAGCCAUCUGGUGUCCCAAGUGUUGGAGUUCCAGAUGUGAGUGGCACCGGGGAACCAUCAGUCUUUGGAGAGCCAUCUGGUAUUCCAGAUGUGAGUGGCACUGGGGAAUCAUCAGCUUCUGGAGAACCAUCUGGUAUUACAGAUGAGAGUGGAGACUUCAUUGCUAGUGGAGAAGCUUCAGGAGAGUUUGAAACAAGUGGGCAGCCCUCUGAGGGUAGUGUAAGUGGAUUGCCUUCUGGUGGCCUGGAUUUCAGUGGCCUUUCAUCUGGAGAGGGCUCUGGGUUACCUGAGGAGAGUGGAUCAGCUUCAGGGGAAACAGAUAUAAGUGGCUGGUCUAUCCCUACUGAAGUAAGUGGACUGCCUUCAGGAGAUGACUUAGUUGGGUCUGCUUCUGAACAUUUGGACCUAGGGGGACUGCCUUCUGGAACUCUAGGGAGUGGUCAAACUCCAGAAACAAGUGGCUUGCCAUCUGGAUUUAGUGGUGAGCACUCUGGGGUGGACUUUGGAAGUGGCCUCUCAUCUGGACUGCCUGAUUUAAGUGGAUUUCCAUCCGGGUUCCCAACUGUCUCUCUUGUUGAUACUACUUUGGUGGAAGUGGUCACAGCAACCACUGCCAGUCAAUUGGAAGGGAAAGGAACCAUUGGAAUUAGCGGUCAAGGAGAAAUAUCUGGGCUGCCAUCUGGAGAGUGGGACAUUAGCGGAGGAGCUAGUGGACUACCUUCAGGAACUGAGCUCAGUGGACAAGCAUCAGGAUUGCCUGAUACCAGUGGGGAAACAUCUGGAAUAUUUGGAAUAAGUGGGCAGGCAUCUGGAAUUCCCGAAGCCAGUGGAGAAACAUCAGGACUAUUUGAGGUCAGUGGGCAUGCAUCUGGAACUCCUGAGGCCAGUGGAGAAACAUCUGGAAUAUUUGGGAUCAGUGGACAGGCAUCUGGCUUCCCUGAUGCCAGUGGAGAGACAUCAGGGAUUUUUGACUUAACUCAGAAGCCAUCUGAAGUACCCCCUCUCAGUGGUCAACCCUCUGGAUUACCCGAUGUCAGUGGAGAAAUAUCUGGAGUAUUUGAGCCCAGUGGAGAGCCUUCUGGUAUAACAGAUAUCAGUGGGGAGACAUCUGGAGUAUUAUUUGGCAGUGGGCAACCAUUUGGAGAAACUGAUCUCAGUGGAGCAACAUCUGGAGUAUUUGAUAUCAGUGGGCAACCAUCUGGAGUUCCUGGGUUCAGUGGUGACACAUCUGGAAUCUCUGAUCUGAGUGGGGUGGGUGAUCUUAGUGGUUUGAUUUCUGGGACUGUAAGUGGCAGUGGUGAAUCUACCAGUGUUACAUUUGUUGAUACUGGUUUUGUUGAAGUCACCCCAACUACAUUCAGGGAAAAAGAAGAAGGUUUAGGCUCUGUGGAAAUAAGCGGCUUUCCUUCUGGGGAGGCAGAUCUAUCAGGUAACUUCUCUGGAAUUGUAGACUUCAGUGGACAAUCUUCUGGAAUCGUAGAAUCCAGUGGCCUUGCUUCAGGUGCCCCAGAAUUUAGUGGCCUGCCAAGUGGAUCGGUGGAGUUCAGUGGAGAACCUUCAGGAGCAGGGAUUGGAAGUGGCCUGCCAUCUGGAGAAUAUGACAGCAGUGGACUUUCAUCUGGUUUUCCCACAGUAUCUCUCAUGGAUAGAACUUUGGUUGAAUCUGCAACCCCAACUCCAACAGCAGAAGAGGCAGCAGAAGGACCUUCUGGGGUUUUAGAAAUUGGUGGAACUCCUUCGGGAGAAACAGAAGCCUCUGGGGAAAUAUCUGGAAGUGUGGAUCUCAGUGGGUCACAGCCAGGGUUGAUAGAGACCAGUGGAGAGUCAUCAAGCAUACCAUCUUUCAGUGGUGACUUUUCAGGGGUCACUGAUGUAAGUGGAGAAUCAUCAGCAGUCACCAGCAGCAGUGGAGAGGCCUUGGGAUUUCCAGAAGUCACUUUGAUUACCACAGAUUUCGUGGAAGCAGUUACUAAACCAACGGUUUCGCAGGAACUUGGUGAAGGAUCUACCGUGACACUCCCUUAUUUUGUUGAGUCCAGUGGGGAAUCCUCUGUUGCUGGUGAGUUCAGUGGAAUGUCAACAACCCAUGAAACUGAGGUAGGGGCAUCAGCAGUUCCCGAGGUGAGUGGUGAGUUAUCAGCAUAUCCUGAGGCAUCUGCAGUUCCUGACGUAAGUGGCACAACAUCCGCAUUUUAUGAAACUGACCAUGGCAUGUCUUCAUCAUCGAAUGGAAGUGGAGAAACAUCUACUUUCCAGGAAGUGACCAGUGAACCAUCCUCCACACCUGACCUGAGUGGAGACUCAUCAGCCUUUCAUGGGAUCUCUGAGGAAACAUCUGCCACACAUGAUAUUAGUGGAGAGACAUCCAGCACCCAAGAUGUGGACUUAGAAACAUCAUCUGUGCCUCUGGCUAGUGGUGAAUUCCCUGUGAGUCUUGAAGACAGGACCGAAGCCAGUGGGGAAGCUUUUGGACUCCCAACUCUGCCUCUGCCAGAUGUUUCAGGUGAAACCUCUUUGCCAGACAGAGUCAUCAGCACCAGUGCUUCAGAGACUGAAUUCAGGCAUCAAACCCAGAGCCCUGAAGAGGCUCAAACAGAAAUUGAGUCUUCUAGUCCCAUAGUAUCAGGGGAAGAGACUGAAAGAGCUGGAACAGUCCCUUCCCCUACAGACACUUCCACUGCAUCUCAAGCUUCCUCAGACAAGAGAGAACAAUCAGAAUCCACAACUGAAGCCACCCCUAGGUCAUGUGCUGAAGAGCCAUGUGGAGCUGGGACCUGCCAGGAGAGGGAGGGAAGUGUCAUCUGUCUAUGCCCCCCUGGGUAUAUGGGCAAUCGCUGUGACAUAGACAUCGAUGAAUGCCACUCAAACCCCUGUCUGAAUGGAGGUACCUGCGUGGAUGGCAUCGACUCUUUCACAUGCUUAUGCCUUCCCAGCUACGGAGGGGACCUGUGUAAGAUCGACCAGGAGAUUUGUGAAGAGGGCUGGACCAAAUUCCAGGGACACUGUUACCGGCACUUCCCGGACCGGGAAACCUGGGUAGAUGCCGAGAGCCGAUGCCGACAGCACCAGUCUCAUCUGAGCAGCAUUGUCACACCUGAAGAGCAGGAGUUUGUCAACAACAAUGCCCAAGACUACCAAUGGAUUGGACUCAAUGACAGAACUAUCGAAGGUGAUUUCCGUUGGUCAGAUGGACACCCCUUGCAAUUUGAGAACUGGAGACCCAACCAACCAGACAACUUCUUUGCCACUGGGGAAGACUGCGUAGUGAUGAUCUGGCAUGAGAAGGGUGAAUGGAAUGAUGUCCCUUGCAACUAUCACCUGCCGUUCACGUGUAAAAAGGGCACAGUGGCUUGUGGAAACCCUCCUGCAGUUGAACAUGCUAGGACCUUUGGACAGAAAAAGGAUCGGUAUGAAAUCAACUCAUUGGUCCGAUACCAAUGCAAGGAGGGCUUUGUCCAGCGCCAUGUGCCCACAAUCCGAUGCCUACCUAGUGGAAACUGGGAAGAGCCACAGAUAGCCUGCAUAGACUCGACCACCUAUAAGAGACGACUACAAAGGCGGAACUCUCAGCCUCAGCGCAGCAACGUCCACAGCACAGCCCACUAGACAGGAAAAUCCCCCCCAGAGAGCCAAAAAGGACAGAAUGAGCUGACAGACCUUACGGAACUGACACUAUUUCACGGAGUCAUUGUCACCUUCUUGUUGCUUUCUGUCAUAUAAGGAAUUACAUUAAAAAGGAAAAAAACCCACAUCAUGUAUAUACCCACCCCCCAAAAAUCAUCCCCCAAAAUACUUUGUUUUAUUUUCUUUUCACAAAACACUAAAGCAAAAAAACUAGAUUCCAGUCACAUAUUUUUCCCCACAGUCUGAGUUCAGAUACUUUUCUUCAAUUUCAUGUUGUGCCUAUUUCAGGGACCAGGGCAGGGAUGGGGGGGAGGAGGGGACACGGGGAGGGGGUUAAAUUAAAUAAAGAAGAUUAUUUUUUGUUUCCUGAUUUUAUCCAAGAACAAUGUAAUUAUUUGUUAUUUAAUCUCCAAGAAGGGCUAGCAGAGGGAGAGGGAAAGUGGGAUCACGUGGAUGUUCCAGAGCCAGAGGACUUGGAGAAUGCUGAACUAGUAUACUAGUGAACUGUAAUUGAAUGUAUCAGAAGUGAAGGGGGUAGAAAGGGUAGGGGGUCUGUGAUAAGGGGAGGGGGAAGAGGGAGGAAGGUGCAUGGGGAGGGCAAGAUGGAAGGAGAAGCUCAAAGGAGGAUGGGUUCUGGGGCUGGUUCCACUCUAUGACUAAUUAGCUUCUCUGGCUUCCUCUCACCACCAAUUUGCCGUCACAGCCAGUGUCACAGCAGGGUUGGGGGGCACUCCUGAUCCAAGGUUCGAGCGUCACCCCCCGGGACCGUGCAGGCCACCAUGGUUCCGUGCACCUAUUUAUAUUUUUGAAAACUGACAAUGAUGAUAAUAAAAAAAAAUUGGAAGAGUC